CAAGCAGAUAUAUCCCACCCCACUGGAUGAUGCAUUACCUUAGCAACCUACCUGCUGUUUGCCCACCCACCUGUUUAUUCCUCACCUGGGUGUUUUCAUAGCUCCUGUCCCUGGCCCAGGUCGUGCUCUUCACAUCCCAUAUAGCAGCCAAUCUCCCCUCCUACUUCGUAAACUCAACAGCAGCACCUAAUAUUCUGUAUCUUUAGAUGGACCAUGACUAAUGCUACAGACUUUCUGAGGGACAAAGAGAUGCAAUUAGAUGAGACUUCAAGUCAGGACUCCCCUCUGAGGCGCUCCAUUGGGCAGGGCAUCAAGGAGUUGUACCAGGGUCAACAGCUCUGUGAUAUCACCCUGGUGGCUGAUGGAAGAAGGUUUCCAUGCCACAGAAUACUCUUAGCUUCGGUCAGCCUCUACUUCCAGCGCAUGCUUACUAGCACCUUCAAGGAAUCACGGGAAGGAGAAAUUGUGCUUAUGGACUUAUCUGCCACUUGCCUCCAGAGCCUCCUGGAUUAUGUCUACACUGGGGAAUUGCUGCUUCUUUGGGAAGAGGCAGAAGAACUGUUUACUGCAGCCAGUAGACUUCAGAUUACUUCUGCCCUAGACAUUAUCACCAGAUUUCUCAGAGAAAGGAUUUCCAUGGAGAAUUGUCUGGAGCUUUAUGUGCUGUCAUAUUCCCACAAUCACCGACCUCUACUCCACUCAACAUCAAGUUAUAUUGCUUUUCACUUUGAGCAUCUCUCAGAGCUUCCUGCUUUCUUGUACUUGGAUGUUGGCAUCCUGAUUACCAUUAUUGCUUCAGAAAUCCUGGUAGUGGACUCCGAACUGACUGUGUAUAAAGCUGUGCGCCGUUGGGUCACCUAUAACCUUGCUGAACGUCUCCCAAAGUUUGCAGCACUUAUGGAUUACGUUCGUCUUCCCCUUUUGACCCCAGAGGAACUUGCUGAGGUCCGGGCUCAAACAGAAGAAUUUUAUGAGUGUGUGCGUCUCCCUUGGGAGGAGCUUAGUGUGGAAGAAAGGUUGUGGGCAAGUAGAGGGCUGAGGCAUGGCAUGUAUCAUGAAGGAAUGGUGUGCGUGGGUCUCCCAAAAUGGAGCGAAGUCAAUUUUGAGGAUGAGAAGUUGGAUUCUCACGUGCAUUUCUUUGACCCUUCCAUUGAUCAAUGGGAUCAGCUCCCUGACCUAAAAUCAGUGACAUCUCCCAGUUGCAUCUCCAUGGGCCAUAAACUCUACAUAUCUGGUGGGCAGCAUUUAGAUGGUUCAUAUUCUGACAACCUACUUGUAUAUGAUACUCUUGGGGGCUGCUGGUCCCAGCUCCCCUCCAUGUCUGCAGGUCGAGCUUGGCAUGCUUUCCUCGUAUGCAAGAAAAAGCUAUACGUUGCUGGUGGCUGGGAUGCUACAGGGACACUGAUAAGUGCAGAGACAUAUGACUUGGAGCAAGAAGAAUGGAUGACCAUCUCUAGCCUUCCCUUUGCACUGUCCUAUUUUGCUUCCACAGCACUCAGGAGCAAAUUAUAUCUCAUUGGUGGGGAGAUGGGUGACUCUGACUUGCCAGUUCCCCACAAGGGAUUCCUCGUUUAUGACGUCAUAUCAGGAGCCUGGUCCCAGAUCCCCACAGCCUUGGAAUUUUAUGAAGCCAGUGCCGUCACAUUGGGCAACAACAUGUUCGUGGUUGGUGGGCUGUCUGGAGAGGAUGCUCAAGGAAUCCGUCAUUUCACCCAGCGUUGUAUUUGCUUGCUCAGAGAUGGGACAAUCAAUCCUAACAUCACUGUCCCAUUGCUUCCCAUAGCUAUCUCUUAUCCUGGUGUUGCCUGCUGGAGGAAGAGGAUCUAUGUCUUUGGAGGGGACAGCAACAACCGUUAUUCCAGCAUUAUCCUUUUCUGGGAGCCAGGCCAAAACUCCUGGACCCAGUGCUCAGCAAGCCUACCUGAUCCUAAUUAUGGGGCAUUUGGGUUUGGCUGCAUACCACUUAAGGUGCCUCGAAAACAUAUCCUCAGCAUCUUUCAUAGGGGAUCUGCCACAGCAGUGACAGAGCACGCGACGUGCAGUUAGGUAUGUAUGCUACAUGGCAUCCCACCUACUUGGCAACCAUGGCUGCUGUUUUUCACGAAUGAGCUAAUAUUUAAAAGGAGAAACCGGAAGGCAAAUAUCUGGUGGUUAUCUUAGAUCACAGUAUUAAUUCAGACUUUCUCUAUGGCCAACCAAAUCAGCUUCUACUACCACUUUUGAUUUGAACAAGUCAUUUUUUGAGUCUCAUCAUUCCCCUUUCUAUCUCCUUGAUUUCUCCAAAUCUUUGCCUCUGCAACCCACAGAGCCUAACAUUUUGUAGAUCUUGCCUCAAUUCUCUGGGUGAGUUUGCUACUUCUAUCGCAGUCAAACUGACAUUCCAAUUACUGCAGAAGGUGGGAAAUCAGGGAAACGGCUGAAAAUUGGGAUGUUUUGUAUUCUCUGGUUUAUAAAUAUUUUCUGAAAUGCAAAAACUUCAGCCAACCAUUAUAAACUCUAGCUGUACUUCAGACUGUUUCUUAUCAGACUCCAAAAUUGUGUACAGAUCACACUAGAAUCUCUGGACCAGCUAAUAUUCCGCUUCCCGAUGCAUUGUUUUGCUUCAGGUAUUUUUAGUGCAUCGUGUGAAAUAUUAUAUGAGAGUCCUACAUCGCCCAGAAAAGGGUCCUUCAGAGAAAACAACAGGGCUAGAAAGGCCAAGGAGCAAGAAAGAAACAGGAGAUGGCAGAGUAUAUGAUCGUCAUACCUUGAGCCACACUCAGUGCAAAGUCUGCUAACAGAGGAAGUUUAUACGAGGAGAAGCAAAAGACUGGAUCAAUCACCAUGGAAAAGGAUGGAGCCAGGCAAAGCACCAAAUCUUAAAGCAACAUAGCUUCUGAACAGAAGCAGCAUUUCUGACAGCUGAUUGCCCCAAUGAUGCCUCUGCUUCCUUUACUAUAACCAGCAGCUACUGACUAUCCUUUGUGAUAGUCAUCUUGAUAGGGGAUGACAAGCAGCUGCAGCUGUUCCUUUAUUCCAUGCUGUCUGUUCCUUACCCAUAUUUAGGGGAAGGAAGGAGGCAGAGGGAUCAAAUUUAAAGUUAUGCAUUCAAUUCAUAGCAAAUAGCACAGAAACAAUUCUGUGCUAGUUUUUGAACCUCUUUGCCUGUUUGUGGACUUGUAGAAUAUUGGCCUGAAGAUCAAGCUGUAUCUGCCAGGAAUAUUUACUUGUUGUUUUGUGGUAGGCAAACUUGCUCAAGAGAUCCAGGCUGAUACCUCCUGAAGCGAGGCAUUUUCUGCCAGCAUUGUAACAUAACAUGCUGACCUAACUUUAGUUAUGUGUGGUCGGCUUAAAAAAGACUCAGGUAGCAGAACCAAAGUAAAUGCUAGCUAUGACUGGAUAUUCAUUGAUCUAGAACUGUAUUAAAACUGUUCUGAAAUA